AUUUUUCUUCGGUACUUUGUGUGUGAUCUGCAUGCACUUUUUUGCCGGCUGCAGAUCCUCCACCAACUUUCCAUCUUAUCAGAUACUCCCAACACAUCCACCCCCUUUCCCGCGUUACCCGGGCAAGCCCCAUCAAACGUUAUUUGUAUUAAACUUUUUACAUCAUAUACGUCAUAGAAUCGUAUUGUCUGUGAUACAAGACGCCGUAGGGCUGUGAAUGCAACCUAACCAGUGCCAUAACACAAUUGAAUGUGACUCGUGUUUAAGUCGAGCCUUUGUAAUUUUUGUUGUAGAGCUUGGUCAAAAAUCCUCAGAAAACCGCAGCAUUGAUUUUGUGCAAUUGAGAAUCGUCUCUGACUUGUUCUUCCUUUUUAACGAAUUGCUGCUUUAACGACUAAAUUUUGACUUCAUACGUUGCUUUUACGCCAUCUAAUCAUCGUCUACGGAUACACUUUUCUCAAUUUUGUAUUAUUUGCAGUGUUUUCUUGGUUCAGCCUCAUAACAUUCGUUUCCAAUCGACAGUAUUUUUGCUAGUUUAUGAGUUUUACGUUUCUUUCAUACAACAAACAUGGUUCUUUCUUCUCAAAAACGAGUAACUGCCCCUUCACUGAAGACGGCAAAGGUGUUGCGAGGUCAAUUGGGCAAAGUCCCCAGUAUCGAUUGGUCGAAAAACGGAGAGUACUUGCUUUCAGCUUGUACUGAUGACUUCCUGCUUGUGUGGGACCCAAAAACUUACAACCGUGUUGCUCUCAUUCCCGUGCCCAACAUCUGGGUCAUGUCCUGUGCGUUCUCCCCCGACACAAGCACUGCUGCAGCCGGAGGAUUGAACAAUGUCUGUCGCAUAACGCGUCUAGAUAGCGAGGAGAUUAGCUCCUUUGAUCUUCUCGGACACAGUGGAUUCAUCUCCUCUUGCCGUUACAUCAACGAAAAUAGGCUUCUCACUUCGUCCGGCGAUAACACGUGUAAACUUUGGGACUUGCAAACACAGCAAGCCGUUUCCACUUUUGAAGGUCAUGAGCGCGAUGUAAUGCAGAUCGCUGUUCACGACGCUCAACCGCAGACAUUCGUGUCGGGCAGCCUUGACGGCUCAUGUCGCGUUUGGGAUGUACGGACAGCCAAGUGUGCGGCUACGCUUGUUUCCACAAAAAUUACAGAGUAUAAUGCGGUGACAAUGUCUCCCUUUAUCCACUGUUUUGCUAGUGCCGGUGAAAACGGAAUCGCUAGCGCUUUCGACAUCCGAGCCUUAGGACAAACAUUCGAGUAUGAAAAUCCGCAGGGGACAAUGCUGAGCUGCAUCACAUACUCCGCUUCUGGGCGACUUCUGUUUGCCGGUAACGGCAGUUCCAGUUGCAACGUUUGGGAUACAGUCACACAAACUUCUGUCGCAAAUCUUCAAGGUCACGAAAAACCUCUGUCGUGUGUUGCGAUGCAUCCGGAUGGUACGACGCUGGCAUCAUCUUCAUUGGAUGAGUCUAUACGUCUUUGGCACAUGUAAUGGCAAUCCGACAAUCAAUCGCUUGCUGUAAAUUUUUUUUUGUUCCUCCGUUCUUCGUGUUUUUUCGAUGCCAAACGAUGCUUAGAAUCAAUACUUUUUAUUACUGGAAGGAAGAAAGCCCCAAAAGUGCUACAUUCUUUUUUUUUUGUCCCUUCUCUUGAUGUCCUAUUCAUAUCUCUAUUUAUAUUCAAACACUGACGAUCUCAUGCAAUUUUUUUUACUUACUGAAUAAGCACCUGUUGCAAGUGAAACAUGUCAUUCCCGGUUCGUAGCUAGCCCACGAAAAUAUUGUUGCGACUCCCUACCAUUAAGACCGCGUGUGCUGUUUCCAUAAACGAGAGUGUGCUUCCCUACCAUUAUUUUCCUUUUCUUUCUCUUCUAACAAAGCAGUGGCACACAGACACGGAUAGGGAAAAGCGUUAUCUCACUCAAUCGAGAAAACCACCCAUGAUACGUGCCCAUUCUUUUGUGCAGGAUCCAUCCUUCGUCUCGAUUUCCGGCACAUCGUACGGACAAUCACAAUUGCAUCCAUACUCCUGUCCACAAUGCUGAAUAGUAGAGUGCUGAUAGCCAAGGUCACGGAAAUAAUGCACUUGAGACUUGGAUAAAAGCAGACCUGCUGCCAACGAAUGAACGGGUGCAUCUCCCCACUAAAGUCUGUUAGUAAAAACUCGAAUAUGGAACUGGUCUUGUAAACCUGGGUGUAUAGUUGACUGCAAAAAACAUACCCGUUCCGCCCAGAAGCCACCGGCCUCUUCAAGUGUGUUAAUGUAAUCCAUAUAAGCUUGGCUUUGGAAAAAGUCAACGCGAGCAAUUUCAAAGUUGCUCCAGAAAUGGCACAUAUUGUACUGCUGUCCAUCGAGCUCCUCUAGCGGAGGCUCAGGUAACACAUAUACCGAUUUUCCUUUUUGCUCUUCUUUCAAUUUUUCGACAGUGUCUGAGUAAGACAUGUCGAGGAAGAACUCCCACAUGUCUGUCGUGUUGAGAUUGUACUUCUUCUUGUGGGCCAAUGUGUACCGGAACAGGUUUGGAACUGUCUCUGCCAAUUCUCGAAUCGCAAUAACGAACCCAUACACUUUGUUGUGCUUCUGCAUGUAGUAAAACGGGUCGUAACUAAUGUCACAAGAGAACGUUACAUCGGGUUCGAGACGCCAGUACCAUUCAUACUUCUGAAUGAGCGGAUGCUGGAAAAAGGUGCCAGAAAAGAAAUGACACAUUUUAUGAUAGCUUGGCAUGCUAGCAUAAACCACGCUCGUUUGUUCUUCCAUGACCUCCUUGACCCAUUCACGGUCGACAGUGGGAGGAUAAUCCCAAAGCUCAGGUGCAAUAACUCCGAAUUCAACUUUGCUGUUUGUGUACUUGGACACAGUCUGUUUAAAAUGCUCGGUGAAGGGUUCGUCGUUUAAGAAAGUGUAUGGGUAAUUGAAAUGACGAUUGAAACGUUGUUCAAUAUUCUUCAUACUGGAAAUUACGCCGUCCAGUUCGGAAUUUCUUGUCAGGACCAUAAACGUCGCAUUCAUUCGAGGAUGGAGAGUGGCUUCUUCAUGAACAUUUUUACAUCCCUUAUAGAAUGGAGCAUCGUGAUUUUCCGUUACGGGUCUUAGCUUUUUCAGGUAAUACCAGUGUGUGUUUUUCCAGUACGUGUGUCCUAGGAACAACAACGCAACAAUUGUGAACCAGAGAAGCAAGAAUUUUGUACGUAGCAGGCGAGAUACCGGUCUAUCCAUUAUGUUUUACAAAGACCCACGCGCCAGGCACGGGUACACUUUCUUGUUUCUUCUGUGAUGCGCGGGCGACUGCUAAGGAAACAACGCUAAGCAUCUCGGUCAACUGGGUAGAUGAGAAGUGACCGAGGUUCGGUGACUAUUGACAAAAGAGGUCCCCGUCAAUUUGGCCGAAAAAACUCCGAGUCCGAUCAAGUUCGGUGUUCUAGGCUGCCGAAGGCCGGACAAGAAGAGGAAGGAACUGAGGCUCUGGAUUGUUGCGAGCGUUGCAGACACUCAAAUUGACGUAUGUUUUGUGCUUCCGCUGCAGCGGAACGGCCUUCGCUUCCGUCGUCCUCUUUUUUCGCGAGGUUUGUGUUCGCAGCUCCUUCAAGCUGUACACUAUUUUAUCAACGCUUCAUAAAUAGUUGCUAAAGAGUACUGUGUAUGAGUUUCAAUCGGAUGGAAGACAUGGCAUGAGCUUCAGAUUGCCUUUAUAUGCCCAUGAGCAUCUUUCGCCGCGGAUUUAGCGGUGCCGCCUCUAUUACUACUCGAUCUUUACUUCGUUUUCAACGUGCAGUUCUAUAAAUACAUGUGUUCAAGCACGAAAUGAGCAUUUCGUUUGGUAUGGCAGAAUGAACCUUGCUCGUGUAAUCUGCGUGUCCUUCCAUGCAGAACAGAACGUCACGAGAACAUUUGUUUUCUUCAUUUACUUGUCAAUUUGUCGUUUUUUACACUUUCGCCUCUUCAUGUAGCUAAUGCGUAAUCUUCCAUAUGAUUGGAGCGCAGUAUUUUUUAAAGUUAAUUACCGCGAUUUCAUUGGCUAAGAUACGAUUACUUUAUGUCAUGGAGUCCAGCCAUAAAUGGAAAGAAAGAGUGUGAGAAGAGGC